GCCAUCAUCGACACUCGUUGUUUCCAGUUUGAUUUUGUAUUCGAAGCCAACGAUUCACAGGAAUGUGUCUAUCAGUCAUGUGCGUUUCCUAUAGUUGACAAGCUGUUCGAAGGAUAUAACUGCACGAUUCUUGCCUAUGGCCAGACAGGAAGCGGCAAGACUUAUACGAUGGGCAGCGAGGAGACCGUACAAGACCUAGUGAGACCGACGGCGGGCAUCAUACCACGGAUGGUGCAGGAUAUUUUCCGUAAUAUUGAGCGAUCCUCGGAAUUCUGUUUUCGCUUGUCGUGUUCCAUGUUGGAGAUAUACAAUGAAAACGUGCGUGACCUUUUGGGUAGAAGGGACGCGCUUCAGAUCCGAGAAGAUGUCCAGCAGGGAAUUUUCAUUAAGAACCUUACAGAGAUUCCCGUGCAAAGUUUAAAAGAUACAUUGAUCUGUCUCGAAGAGGGCUGCAGAAACCGUAGUCAGGCACAGACAGCCAUGAAUUUAAAGUCAUCGAGGUCUCACGCAAUUUUUAUACUGAAUUUGAACAAAACGGCUGCUGACGAAAGUACGUCGGUCAAAGCUCGAUUAAAUUUGGUUGACUUGGCUGGUAGUGAACGUCUGAAAAAGACAUUGGCUGAGGGUGACCGUUUGAAAGAAGGAAUCAAGAUCAAUGAAGGCCUACUAGCCCUUGGCAAUGUCAUAGCAGCAUUGAUUGAUCACUCUUCGACCAAAGCGCACAUCCCCUAUCGAGACUCAAAGCUGACCAGGCUGCUACAAGGUACGAUUAAUUAUGAAACGUCCUUGACAAUUUGACU